CCAGCGCCCGCACCCUAGGCGCUCAGGUUACUUCUCCGCGGGACUGGGCUCGCGAACAGAGUUGCGCGGGGCUCACCGACGCAGUGUCGGCCGGUAGAAUUCUGACUCGUCGUCUGUCGCGGCGCAGGGCUUGUUGGGGGCUGCGUCAAGGAGACACUAGACUGGAACGUUCUGUCAUUCCGGGGCGACGGGCCCGAGCUGACGGGGCCGCACUCUCCGGUGGCAGCCGACCACUGCGGGGCCGUGGGCCGAGGGGCCGGGCCCCUCGCGUGCUGCAGGGAGCCCAAGGCCCAGCCAGUCUUGGGAAGGGAGCUGAGGUACCUGUGGCGGUCUGCAGCUUUCCUGCCAGGCCGGGCGGAGCACGCGCUAAUCUUGUUGACAAGAUGGGAGGGAAGGGACGGGGUGGUGGGUGCUGUAGGUGUGUAACGGGCGCGGGCGCAAGCUCCCCCUCAGAAAACGUGUGUGUGUGUUGGGAGCCCCCUGUGCUGGCGUGUGUGUGUGUUGGGGGUUGCUUUGGGCCUCCUAGAGUUCGAGGACACGCAAAUUUUUGUGAAAGCCCCUCCCUCUCUAAGCAGCCCUCCCUCUCUUCUAAGCCCCCUGGGUUGGCGUCGGUAGCCAGAAAGUGGCCGUUCUCCCGAGUCAGAAGAUUGCGGCAGUGCGACCCCUAGAGGCCUGGCUGGUAAUUGCCACGCCGUCUCGAACGGGCUGUGUUGCAGAAGGACUUGGGAAGCCUGAAUUCCGGGGCGACGCUGGGGUCAGUCCAGAGAGAAUCUCCCCUGCUUGAAAGAGGCUGGUUCUGAAGACCUCAUCAGAAACGAUGGGGCUCUGUUUUUUUGUGACCACAAUGAGAAAUUUAGACAGUGAUGAUCGGGUAACUGACAAGCUUAACAAGCCCAAGACAUCGAGAGAAUGGUUGGAACCACAGCCACCUUCUUUUAUGGAGGCAUUAGCUAAAGAAGAUAUUGAUGCAGCUAUUCAAUCAAUAUUAUAUAGAGAAAAUCAUGUAAUUAAGGAACUAGAUAAGUGUUUACAACAUCAUGACUUUUUAAAGGCAAGAAGAAAAGAGAUGUUACAUAAAAGAUGGGCUGACCAUGUGGCACAUCCUCUCCAGAAGAAAAUAAUAGAAAAAGUUUGUUCAUAUAAGAAGAUUAAAAAAAGGAGACAAGAAGAAUUAGAUAGUUUUUUAAAACAUGUAAAUAAAAAGGGAAAUGCAUUUAUAGAACAUUAUGAUCCAAAAGAGUAUGAUCCUUUUUAUAUGAGCAAAGAGGACCCAAAUUUUCUGAAGGUUACCAUUCCACCAUUUCGUGACCCUUUGAAAAAGGCACAAUAUGACAAAGAUGAUGAAAAAAGAACUCUUCUUCAGUGUGAGACUGGCAAAAUAUAUACAAUGAAAGAAUUUAAAGAGAUUGAAAAGGCCAAACUGCAUUCCAGAUUCCCAAGAAUUUCUAAUUCAAGGCACUUUAUGACUCCAAAUGAGUGGCUUAAGCUGCCUACAACCUACAUAGAAAGUGAAUUUUGUAAAAGGAGCAGGUUAAAAGUGAAAAUGAAUUUUAACGAUUGUAGUUUUGAUUUGAAACCCUUGACAAGGACUCCUCAUCCUGUUGAAUCUCAGCAAGAAAAAGCAGUUAUUUACAAAAACAAAGGAUCAUCCUUUCUGGAAAAAGAACCUCUAUGUUUUCAUGAGAGAAAGAGUCCAAGUCUCAAAGAGGCCAACUCUGAAGGUCACUUCGUUGACCCUCAGCAGGAGAUAGAAGGGGAUGGGGACCAGGAUGCGAUUUUAUUUAUUUGACAGAGAGAGACACAGCGAGAGCAGGAACACAAGCAGUGGGAGUGGGAGAGGGAGAAGCAGGCCUCCCGCGGAGCAGGGAGCCCAGGAUCAUGACCUGAGCCGAAGGCAGACGCUUAACAACUGAGCCACCCAGGCGCCCCUCUCAAAUAAAAUCUUAAAAAAAAUUUGUUUUAAAGAUUUUUUAUUUAUUUGAGAGAGUGUGAGAGAGAGCAUGAGCUGGGGUGGGGAGAGGGAAAAGCAGACUCCCCACUGAGCAGGGACCCCCCCCCACACACACACACAUGGGGCUUGAUCCCAGGACCUUGGAAUCAUGACCUGAGCCAAAGGCAGACACUUAACUGACUGAGCCACCCAGGCGCCCUUCUUCCUCAAAAUUUUAACAAGCACUUACUCUGAGCCAAGCAGUAUUUGAGGGGCAUAGUGGUAAACAAAAGAGGUAAAUCUCUGAUCUUGAGGAGCUUACAUUUUGAUGGCGGGGGACAGACAAUAAAUAUGUAAUAUGUGAGCUAGUAAUAAGUGCAGUGAGAAAAUAAAACAGGUAAAGUGGGGCAGGGAACUACGUCAAUAGAACAGGUUUAAAUUGAUAGCAAGGAAAAAACAAAAACUAAGUCGCUUUAUACUGAUACCUUACAAAUAUAUGUUAUAAUGGUUGUGAAUAUCUUGAAUUUAACCAGCCCCCAAAAGGAUUAUUCUUUACUUUUGUAUUUAUGUCCCUCUUACUACCAGAAACCUGCUUUGCCUCCAGAUUUCCCCUCAUUCAAGGGAAUAGGAUUAUAAUCCAACCAGGACCCCUCAGGACAAAAGUCUGAGUCGUCUUUGAUUUCUUGCUUUUCCCCACUUCCCAUGUCUAACAGGUGCCAGCUCUGUUGGCUUAUUAACUUUUCGGUUUCUCACUACUCUCACCAUUUCAGGCCAUUGUGAUCCUAACUGGUCUUCCUGCUUCUGUGGUUGCCCCUGUGUAAUCUGUUCUCCAUGCAGAAGCUAUAUUUAAAAAAUGUUAGAUCCGAUUUCUCCCCUACUCAAAACCUGUGAAUGGCUUCCCUUCACACUUUGGAAUUUAUUCUAAUUCCUUACCAUGGUCUAAGUCCCUGGACCAUUAGGCGCCUGUCUCCCCUCCAGCCUCAUCUCCUGCCUUCUCUCCACAUUUGCUAUGCUUCAGCCUCACCAGCCUUUUUUUGUUUUCUGAACAUACCAACUUUACUCCUCUCUCAGACUUUUGCUUCUGUCAUUCCUUCUCCCAGGAACACUCUUUCUCCAGAUUUCUCCGUGUCUCGCUCCCUUAGUUCACCCAGACGCCUGCACAAAUAUCUUCUCAGAGAAGCCUUCUCUGACUUCUCUAGUUAAAAUAGUCCCCCUCAUCCAUUCCCCUAUCCUUCCUACCCCCUUUACCUGUAAAGAGGUGGGAUUCAGAACUCAGAUGGAAGGCACAGUACAUGGAUGUAGCUUGGUGAAUUUUGUGCAGGAACAUUGUUUAUUUCUGUUUACUUCAUUACUCAAGUGAGAAGGUCAUCUGUCAGCUGACAGUGAAGGUGGAGGACCAAGAUUCAGAGGUUUGAAAAAAGGGAAGAAUGGAAGGUAGUGUUUUCUAAAUCAUAAUAAUCCUAGUGUAAAUUAGUACUCCAGACAUCCUGACAGUCUGAAAGCAGGACCAUAUGGGGUCCCUCAACUCCUAUCACACAUCAGUGAUCUACCCCCCCACCCCCCACCCCGUAAUAGGGUUGGUUUAUUCCCGAAUCUCUGUAUGUUUUGAAUCCAGAGAGAGUGACAAGAGGCUGAGGUCGCUCAGCUCUGGCAGGACAAGGCUUCGGGGGGUCGGGGGGGUGAUCAGCUCAGCUGGGCUGAGGAACUCUUUCUGCUCUUGUAGGCUCCCCAUUCCUAUAUCACACACCAUUCUUCUUUUCUGUUACCUUCAAAAGGUUUUAGCAACCAAGGAGCACACACCCCGAUCCUUGAUUGGUGAGGGACACAAAAGAAGGCUGUUUCCGAGGAAGUCAUCUGCCAGCAGGAUUCAUUCAGGGUGAGGACCAAGGAAGGAGCUCAAGCACCUGCAAUAACCACUUUUUGAGUUCAGUGUCUGUAUGAUAAUUAAGAAAUCACAAUACCAUGUAUUGACGGUUAUUGCCAAUGUAUUUUCUGCAGAAGUUAAAUAUUGCCUGAAAGAUCCAAUAAAAAUAAUGAUGGCUACCUUACUGAGUGCCUAUCUCAAUUCACUUGAUCUUUCCUGAAUCAAGGUAGGUGUGUCCUCUUUGGUCAGGUACCCUUAACAUCCACUGCCUCAUAUUCUCCCCUCCCCUCCUGAUU